CAAAUUUGCAUAGGCCGACACGUAUGGCAUAUGUGCUUUUUCGAAAUUUAGGAGAGAUUCAUUGUCUUUAUGGAAGAAAAGUCUGCAGCUGUUGAACGAAAAUAAGAGUUUCUAUUGUUACUUAAACAUCAACUAAGCUGUUUUAACUGCUUCCGCAUCAAGGUAGUACAUUUUAAAGAAGAAUCAGUCGAUUAAAAGAAGAGAGGUUGAUAGUAAUCUGUUCUUUAUACAACUUCAUACUAUCACAAUGACCAAUUCAGCAUCUACGCAAAAUUCAACAUCGAAUCCAACCAUUCUUCAGUACGCUCCGAACGGUGAGGGGCAAUUUUUCAUUCCUGUUAGUGUCGCCGUUACGAACCAACAGCCUUAUCAAACGGCAACCACACUACUGCAAGAGAACACUGGUGUUCAUGAGGAAUCAAAUAAGAAGAGAGAACUUCGUCUGUUAAAGAAUCGCGAAGCUGCUAGGGAAUGUCGGCGGAAGAAGAAGGAAUAUGUAAAAUGUUUAGAAAAUCGUGUAGCUGUUUUGGAAAAUCAGAACAAAGCUUUGAUAGAAGAAUUAAAGAGUUUGAAAGAAAUUUAUGGAGACAAAGAAGAAAUUGUGUGA